AACAACGUACACAUGACACCUCUCUCUCUCUCUCUCUCUCUCCCUCUCUCUCAGUUUCCCAGAUUCAAGAAUUCUCUGUCUGAACGCUAAGAAUCUUUGAUUUCUUCCUCUUUGUUCUCUGCAACUUUUUUUUUUCCUUCUUAUUCUGAGAGAAAUUAGACCAACUUCCCAAUAAAGAGAAAGGAGGAGAAGAAAGCACCCAUUGUCUAAAACUUUCUUGUAAUCUCCUCUAAUCUCUCUCUCUCUAAAGCUUAUCAGAUUCAAGAAGAAUCUUCCAGAAACUGAGUUCUUUCUCAUCAAAAAGAUAAUCACCUCAUGACCCACUUCGCAAAAACAGAAAAAGCAUUAAGACUAUCUCCCUGGAUUCAAAUCUCUGAUCCUAAGCAUCCAGAACCACCCCAUCAAAGUUUGCUCCUUUUUUUGUGUCUCUCUCUUGAUAAAUUCCGCCUCUGUUUCAUGUGUAAUUUCGAUGUCUGCAGCUGGUUCUGAUUAAUUCCUUUGAUACCUUGAAUCCAAGAUUCUGUUUUUUUUUCCUCAAGUUGUGUGACACUGUAAUGGAAGGGAAAAAGGGCUGCAAGAUCAGGAAGAGAGGCUGUUCUUCCUCGUCUUCUUCUUCUCUUGCCCGGAAAAAUCGCUUCAAGCGCGCCAUUCUCGCCGGAAAACGAGCAGUCAGAGGUGGAGGCGGCGGCGGCUCCGGAACUCCGGUCAAACCCACCGCCGCCUUCGCCGGAAAAUUCCUAUCAUUCCCCCUUUCGCCGGAAAAGUUUCCGACGGAAGCUCAGAACAGCUCUGUAUCCGCAAGAAAGCUAGCUGCGACGCUGUGGGAGAUCAGCAGCAGUAUUAGCCCGCCGACAGGAAAUUCGGACAGGGAUUUCUUGAGGGGCAAGGAAUCAUCGAGAAACAGAUCGAAAGCAUUGAAAUUGCCGCAGGAUUUCCCAACUGAGCUGUCCGAUCUCAUCCAUUUGGGCUCAAAUAAACAUAUUCAGAGAAUGGAGAGACCUGCUGGAGAUUCGGUCCGUAAAGACUUUCCCUGUGGCUUGCGGCGCAAGAAAACGAAUGUAAGUUCGCUUCUGAUCGAUUUCUCCGAUCUGCAAACAUUUCAGACAGGAACCCGUGACGGCGGAAAACGCAUCGGCCAUCUCAAGGACAUCGUCGACAGUAUAACAACAUCGAAAGAGCUCGUGAAAGUUCUAACACGGGUCAACAAACUGGGCGAUGACGAUCAUCAUCAUCCGACAGCAAGCAGACGCCUAAUCUCGGCUUUGAGAAGCGAGCUCGACCGUGCAAGAUCAACCCUGAAGCGACUUGUAAGAGAUCAGAACAAUGGGGAAACCUUUAUCGAAAGUCAUAUGGAGGAGAAGCGGCGAUGGAGGAGGAGGACAGAGAGGGAAGUGGCGGCCGAGAGAAAACUACGGCAACAGACGGAGAGGAUGAACAAGAAGCUCGGCCACGAACUGGCUGAGGCGAAAGCCGUGACGAAAAGGGUGACGGAAGAAUUGCAGAGAGAGAAAAGGGCGAAGGAGAUUCUCGAGCAAGUCUGCGACGAGCUCGUGAGAAAUGUCGGAGAAGACAAGGCCGAGGUGGAGAGGGUAAUGAAAGAGGCGGAGAGAGUUCAAGAGGAAGUGGAGAAGGAGAGAGAGAUGAUGCAUAUUGCAGAUGUUUUGAGGGAAGAGAGAGUUCAGAUGAAGUUAACAGAGGCUAAGUUCCAGUUCGAGGAGAAGAACGCGGCGGUGGAGCGGAUGAGGAGGGAGAUCCGUCGAGUUUUGACGGCGGAGGAAACCCUAAAAUCGCCGUGUCUCGGCCGCAUCAAAAGGGUGUUGGAGGUCAUCGAAGACGGAGAAGGAUCUGACCAAGAAAGCGAUAUGAAAUCGAUAGAGUUGAACAUGGACAGUGUUAGCAAGAGUUACAAGUGGAGUUAUGUCGGAUCCGGACAAUUCUCCGAUGCAGGUCGCCGGAAAGAGAACGGAUUUUACUUUUCCGGUGAUGAUGAUGGCCGGAGAAGUGAUGGAGAUUCAGAGGAUUCGGUGGACAAGAAAUCAGCGAACAUGGAUUUUCCGACAGGAGACAGGGAAGAGAUCGAUAGAGAUAAAUCUCUAAAGAGUUUGAGAGACUAUAUUAUAUCUAACGUGAAAUUUGUCGGGCCGUCGGAGCAAUGGAAUCGGAAAGAAGAGGUUUCGCCGGAGUAAUCGCCGGAGCUCCGGCGACGAGGAGCAAAGAGGAAGGUAAAUGGCAUGGAGAAUUUCUGUGAUUUGUUAAUUAUAAUUAAUUAAGUCGUUAAUUCAACUUUUUUCAUAUUUAUUGAAUUGAAACUGAGAGUGUAAAUAGAAGUUUUAUACUAUGGUUAUACAAUAUAUAUAUGUAAUAUAUCGUUCUUUUAUGGAUAAAACCUAAUACCCUGUUUGCUGUA